GAAGGCUCUGGUUUGGCAAGAUGAUUAUGAUAUUUAUUACUUGUUUAUAGUUUUUAUAUUGUGUAAUUAAUAAUUAAAUGAGCGUAAUUAAGAGCUCCUUUCCCAAAUCAUAGAGUUGCUGGAACCCCCCUGACUCGGAUGGGCAUUUUAGUCCAAGCAAAUUACAACGACUCUUUUUUGCCAAACGGCGUCAAUAUAACCAUAGAACAGUUUGAAGCGAACCAUUCUCAAUCCCCUUCCGUUCUCUGCUCUCUCUCGCUCUCGCUCGCUACAUUGAAUCUGUUCUCAAUCGAUCUCUCAAAGGCUCUCGAUCUUCGAUCUUGAUACUUUGAAUCUCUGUCAUUCUUUAUUCUACAUUCAAUUUUGAUUAAUUUUGUUGAUCUCUUAACGGUCUAAUAUUGUUUUUGCAGGCCCUUUUCUUUCCGAAUAUAUAUUUCUGUUUACAGCUGUUGUUUUUCGCUUAUUUUUUUUGUUUGUGUGUUAUUAACGUGAUGGAUGCAGGAUUAAGAAACUCUAUGGCAUCGAACAUGCCAGUCGUUUUCCUCUUCAGGAGCAGUAUCGUCUGAGAAAAAGCUCCCAUGAAAAUUGGGACAGGUUUAUUCGUAAUAGAUCUGCAAUGGAUUUUGACUAUGCACAUUUUAUGGUGACCGAAGGAUGUAAAGCUAAAGAGAUUCCGGCCAGUUCACCUUCAAGAGAAGCAUACCGAAAGCAGCUUGCGGAGAUCUUUAACAUGAACUGGAGGAUCCUUGCUUUUAAGAACAAACCACCCCCCCCCCCCCUUGGAUGGUUUUCUGAAGGAGAACUCUUCCGCUUACCAGGCCAAACCUACAAAACCCCGUCGCCACAUUCCUCAGACAUCUGAGAGGACUUUAGAUGCCCCAGAUAUUUUGGAUGAUUACUACUUCUGAAUUGGUCACAGUUGAUGAUGAAUUUGGUCCGGUUACGAGUGUUAAAUGGGCUCCCAACGGAAGGCAUGUUGCCAUUGGCUUGAAAAAAACUCUGAUGUCCAGCUUUGGGAUUCCACGGCUAACAGAUUGUUACGAACUUUGAGAGGUGGCCACCAAUCACGAGUAGGAGCCCUCGAUUGGAACAAUCAUAUACUGACAACAGGUGGGAUGGAUGGUAUGAUUUUCAACAAUGACGUCCGGGUGAGAUCACAUAUUGUGGAAACCUACAGAGGACAUAGUCAAGAAGUGUGCGGCCUAAAAUGGUCUGCCUCGGGCCAGCAGUUGGCAAGCGGAGGAAACGAUAACCUUCUCUAUAUAUGGGACAGAUCAUCGACUGCUGUUUCUUCUU